GCUCGGCUCCGGGCAGGUAGAGCCGGGCUCCGGGCGCGCGCGGGGCCGCAGCAGCCGCCCCCCGACCUCGCCUCCGCCCAGCGCAGGGCCUCGCGCGCCCAUGGCCGGCUCGGAGCAGCGGCGGCCGCGGCGGCGGGACGACCGAGACUCGGACGCCGCGGAGGCAGAGGCGGCUGCGGCGCCCCUGCAGGACGCGGAGCUGGCCCUGGCCGGCAUCAACAUGCUGCUCAACAAUGGCUUUAGGGAGUCGGACCAGCUUUUCAAACAAUACAGAAAUCAUAGCCCAUUAAUGAGUUUUGGAGCCAGCUUUGUCAGUUUUUUGAAUGCCAUGAUGACAUUUGAAGAAGAAAAAAUGCAGGUGGCAUGUGAUGACUUAAAAACUACAGAAAAGCUGUGUGAAAGUGAAGAGGCUGGAGUCAUUGAAACAAUCAAGAAUAAAAUUAAGAAGAACGUUGAUGUCCGAAAAUCCGCCCCCUCUGUGGUUGACCGGCUUCAGAGGCAGAUAAUCAUAGCUGACUGCCAGGUUUACCUGGCGGUGCUUUCGUUUGUGAAACAGGAAUUGUCAGCCUACAUAAAAGGUGGGUGGAUCCUUAGGAAGGCCUGGAAGAUUUACAAUAAAUGCUAUCUGGACAUCAAUGCCCUUCAGGAGCUGCAUCAGAAGAAGCUAACUGAAGAGUCCUUGACUUCUGAUGCUGCAAAUGAUAAUCACAUUGUGGCUGAAGGGGUGUCUGAGGAGUCUCUAAACAGACUGAAAGGUGCUGUUAGCUUUGGAUAUGGCCUUUUUCACCUUUGCAUAUCCAUGGUGCCCCCAAACCUGCUCAAAAUCAUCAACCUGCUGGGUUUUCCUGGAGACCGCCUACAGGGGCUUUCUUCACUGAUGUAUGCAAGCGAAAGUAAGGACAUGAAGGCCCCUUUAGCUACGUUAGCGCUGCUCUGGUACCACACAGUGGUCCGCCCGUUUUUUGCCUUGGACGGCAGUGAUAACAAAGCAGGCCUGGACGAAGCUAAGGAAAUUCUCCUCAAAAAAGAAGCUGCUUAUCCCAAUUCUUCCCUCUUUAUGUUUUUCAAGGGACGGAUACAACGAUUAGAGUGUCAAAUCAACAGUGCCUUGACUUCUUUCCACACUGCUUUGGAACUUGCAGUCGAUCAGAGAGAAAUUCAACAUGUGUGUCUGUAUGAAAUUGGUUGGUGCAGCAUGAUAGAGCUCAAUUUCAAGGAUGCAUUUGACUCCUUUGAGAGGCUAAAGAAUGAGUCCAGGUGGUCUCAGUGCUAUUAUGCCUACCUGACUGCAGUGUGUCAGGGAGCCACUGGCGAUGUGGACGGGGCACAGAUUGUCUUUAAAGAAGUUCAGAAACUCUUCAAAAGGAAAAACAAUCAGAUUGAACAGUUCUCAGUGAAAAAGGCGGAGAGAUUUCGGAAACAAACCCCAACCAAAGCGCUGUGUGUGUUGGCAUCCAUCGAAGUGUUGUACUUGUGGAAAGCUCUUCCGAACUGUUCCUUCCCCAACCUACAGAGGAUGAGUCAAGCUUGCCAUGAAGUGGAUGAUUCAUCUGUUGUUGGAUUAAAGUAUUUGCUUCUUGGUGCCAUACGCAAAUGUCUAGGCAACUCAGAAGAUGCUAUUCAGUUCUUUCAGCGAGCUGUUAAAGAUGAGUUGUGUCGUCAGAAUAACUUAUAUGUUCAGCCGUACGCCUGCUAUGAACUUGGCUGUCUUCUACUAGACAAGCCAGAGACUGUAGGAAGAGGCAGAGCUCUUCUUCUUCAAGCAAAGGAGGAUUUCUCUGGCUACGACUUUGAAAACAGAUUGCAUGUCCGCAUCCAUGCUGCUCUGGCCUCUCUAAGGGAACUGGUUCCUCAGUGACAGACCCGGCGUGCCCGCUCUGUCCCUCCCCACCCAGGGUCUGCACUUUAAAAUAAAAGCAGAAGGACAAAGCUCUUGUGAAGAUGGGCUUUUCUUCUGAAAAACCACCUGUGCCAGGGACACAUUUUUCCCAGUUAAGCUGACAUAUUAAAGAUCUCCUCUUUUAAACAUAUAGCUAAAAAGUAAUAAUGGUGAUGAUGAUGAUAACUAACCACCUGGGGAGUGGGUUAAGUGACCUUGUUCAAACAUUUUAGUUUUGUGAUUUAUUAUUUUUAAAAUAAAAUCAAACUAAAUAUUCAGCCUA